GGUUCACGGACCGUCGGACUCUCCGCUUCUCCCUGUGCGCGGACGCAGAGGAGGCCCGCUGCUGGCCGUCAGCGGGCAGGCAGAGAGGAGGAGAGGAGGAGAGGAGGGAGGAAAAGUGUGUUUACACAGACGGCAAACUGCCUGGGGAAUCGUAGGGGAGAGGAAGUCAGCCGGCUCUGUGUCUGCCUGCUCCAACUUCCUGCUCAGAAAAAGAAAAAGCCCAGGAUCCUAUUUCAGUCCAGCACAACUGUGUCGAGCCGAAGAAAGCAUGGAAAAACAAGGAAUCACUCGGUCUGCACCCUAAAGUUUCCACGGAGGGAAAACACCGAGCCCGAGCCCGCAGGUAUGGACAGCGCCAUCACUCUCUGGCAGUUCCUGCUGCAGCUGCUGCUGGACCAGAGCCACAAGCACCUCAUCUGCUGGACGUCCACGGACGGCGAGUUCAAGCUGCUCAAGUCGGAGGAGGUGGCCAAGCUGUGGGGGCUGCGCAAGAACAAGACCAACAUGAACUACGACAAGCUGAGCCGGGCGCUGCGCUACUACUACGACAAGAACAUCAUCAAGAAGGUGAUCGGGCAGAAGUUUGUUUAUAAGUUCGUGUCGUUCCCCGAGAUCCUGAAGAUGGACCCGCAGGUGGUGGAGAUGGGCCUGGCGUCGGGGAGGCUCCCCCUGCAGCCCGGAGAGGCCCACGAGCUGGAGGUGGAGGAGGAGGAGGAGGAGGAGGCGGAGGAAGAGGCCCAGAGGAGGGCGCUGGCCGCCCUGGGGGCGCAGCAGUGCCGUAACGACUACCUCCGCUCGGGGCUGUACUCCUCCUUCAGCAUCAGCUCCCUGCAGAACCAGCCCGAGCUGCUCCGGGCGCUGCGGGAGCGCCGCGACGAGCCGCGCUCCGUCAUCCGCUUCGGCGCCAACUCCGGCGGCAGGAGCUCCCCCCACUCCGCCAAGCCCGAGUCCUUCGCCCCGCCGAGGCCCUCCAAGCCCCCCGCCCACUCGCACUCCCCGUCCUCCCCGCACGCCCUGCCCGGGCGGAGCUGGAGCCCCGCCGGCGGUGAGGAGGAGGAGGAGGAGGACGAGGAGGAGGAGGAGGACGACGAGGAAGAGGGCUCGGAGCAGAGCGCUCAGCCCCUCAACCUGUCCUCCGGGCACCGGGAGCGCGCCCCCCUGCAGCCCCCCGAGAAGAGGAGCAGUGGUAACAGUAACCACGGAGACGGACUCCCGCCAAAAAGCAAAAAGCCCAAAGCUCUGGAGAUCUCCGCCCCCUCCCUGCUGCUGGCGGGGAGCGACAUCGGCUCCAUCGCCCUCAACAGCCCGGCGCUGCCCUCCGGAUCCCUCACCCCGGCCUUCUUCACGGCACAGACUCCCUCGGGUUUGCUGCUGGCUCACAGUCCGCUGCUGUCGGGCAUCCACUUCUGGAGCAGCCUGAGCCCGGUGGCCCCGCUCAGCCCCGCCCGGCUGCAGGGCCACGGCUCCCUCUUCCAGUUCCCCAGCCUAAUCAACGGACACAUGCCUGUCCCCCUGCCAAACCUGGAAGGAACACCCUCCUCCCUGCUCCUGUCCCCCACCACCCACAAGUCCUGAUCCCCCCCCCACACCCACAGCCUCCAGCCACCGGGAAGAAACCUUCAUCCAUCGCCAUCCUCCACCUCUUCCUCGUCUCCACACGUUUGCUUCGUUUUAUAAAAGAGGGGGGGGGGGCGUGUGGGACCUCACGUUAUUUUGCACUCGGGUUGCUUCAGACUCCAGUGGUUGAAAGCACUUGAUAAAAAAAAAAAAAAGCCAUUCGCCGCCGCGUCUCUGAGACGCUGGGCCCUUUGUGAUGAAGAGCAGCACAUUUCCACACGGACGCCGUCCGGCGUGGACAGGCGUCACGUGAAGCCGCAGCCCGGCUGUCCUA